GAAAUCAGAACAGAAGCCCUUUAACCGCGAAAAUGUUCAAAGCCAGCUCCACACCAACUGUUAUUCUUGUCCUAAGCCUGAUGGCUCUGGGUUCGGCAGAGCCGCUCCGUCGGAGAUUAUCCGCCAGGCAGGAACAGACUCCGCCCAGUCCUUCGCCCACUGGUUAUCCAGAGGCAGGAGUCACACCGAGCGUUCCCUUCGAUCUGCCCAGCUCGACAGUCGAGCCGGAGAACACUUACUUGCCACCGGAUAAUACUUAUGGACCUCCAGAUAACACAUACGGACAACCAGAUAACACUUAUGGACCUCCAGAGGAUGAUUUAUCGCCGGUAGCUGAUACCGAAUCGCAGCCGCAGCCCGAAAACCCCAGUCCCGAGACCGAUGAUAUUCCAGAAACUGAGGACGAGUCGGUGGACGGUCCCAAAUUGCAACCCGCUGAUGCAGACGCAGAGGAAGAUGAGCCGCAGUUGGAGGUGGCUGAGGAUGGCACCGUCAUCGUCGUGGCUAGCAGUCUCGACCAGCCGCAGCCUGCCCAGUCCUCCCGGCUCUACCAGCGAUUCCCUCAGGGACGUCGUUAUCAGCAGCCCGUUCCUCAGCGAUUGAUCCUGCGUCGCAGUUGGUAGACUUUAUGGAGGCUGGAAUUUACUACUUAGCUGCUAUCACACAAAGAAGCUUUUGUGUCCGACAAAAUCUUAUCCUUUAACUUGUUGCGUGUGUAUUUACUUUUUGGACUACAUUUUGAAAGAUAGAAACUUAUUAACUAACAAAAAAAUAAAUUAAACAUU